GGCGCUUCAAUACAACAAGCAUUUGGACCAGGAUUCCAUCCAAAAUGUCAGCAGAGAAAGGCAAGAGAAAGGAAUAUCUAACUGUGAAAGAUUUGCAGAAGCUGCUGGACUCAUGCAAACUACAUCUCGGUCAAAUCGACGAGGUCUGGCCAAACAUUUACAUAGGGAAUGUGGCAGUAGCCCAAAACAAGACUGCCUUGCAGAAGUUAGGUAUAACUCAUGUAUUAAACGCUGCUCACUCGAAGCGAGGCAGCAUAGGGAACCACAGCUUUUAUGGCAACGACUUUGUGUAUUGUGGCAUUCCAGCAGAUGACUCGACACACUUCGAUCUAGAUGUUUACUUCCAGCCCGCAGCCGAUUUCAUUCAAAAGGCUCUGAAGUCACCUGAUGGGAAAGUUCUGGUGCACUGCAUCAUGGGAAUGAGCCGCUCAUCGACGUUGGUGUUAGCGUACCUCAUGAUCCACCGCCAGCUUCCGCUCAAACGGGCUUUGCAGAAAUUGAUCCAGAAGAGAGCCAUCUACCCCAACAGGAACUUCCUGGCUUUGCUGUUGGAUCUCGAUCUUCAGUUGACGAGAAAAAAGAGAUUGUGUCAGAUCCUGUGACCAGGAGAAGACGUUUACACUUAUCAGCCACACGGUGGCGUGGUUUCUAAAGCGAUUCAACAGUCAAGACUGAAAUGAUUUCAACCAAUAACUGAAUAAUAACUGAAUUUCUCUCAGACUCAGCUGUGCCUUGAGAUUCACUUAACGUGUUAUGAUGUUAUGACGUUAGCAUGUUAGCCUGUUAAACAUUAAGAAAGAAAAAACUGAAUGGGAAUGGUGAUUACAUUAACUCUUUAACAGUUCAUCUACUCAUCCCUCAGUGUUUUAAUUAGCAUGUUAAAUGUUCAGGACACAAUGUUAGCACAUGUUACUGCUUCAACAUGCUUGUAGGCACAUUAACAUGCUAACAUUCUGAGCGUUAACAUGCCAAUAAUUAUCAUAUUGACAUGGCUUUGCUAAUGAUAGAUGCUAGCAGUAUUUAAAAUAUUAGUCUUGUUGCCAACAUGUGUGGAAGCGCGAUGGUAGUGACACUAAUACGUGUUAAAAUAAGUUCCUCACAAGCAGCGUCUGAGAUGUGACCUAAAAAAACAGACUGUUUAUAAAGAUGGACGACAAGACAGCUCUCCAAAAGUGAAGCCAAAUCUUCUUGAUCGCCCCCAGGUGGCUGUCUGCAGUAUAGGUUAGAAACCCCGCCUCCUCCAUGUAAGUGGACGGGACAUGGGCCAAACUAAAAAGUCAAAGUACAUGUCAAAUUAUAUAUUUAUAUAUUAUGAAAUGUUAGAAUUUUUUCCGGCAUGUUUGGUUUUAAUUAGUUAUUAAUGCAAAAAA